AUGAGUUCGAUAAUCAAGCGCGAACGAGAAUUGGAAGUGUCGAGUUCAGGUGGUAAUAGCGUCGAAGUUGCAAUUGAAAAAGACUCAAAACGAUUGUGUAUCCGUUCUACUAAGCUUGAUUCGUCAUCUGCUGUAUCUUUUGUCUCUCACCGCCCUCUAUUGACGUCAGUAGAAGGUUUUCAAGCUCUUCACCCAAUGGCUGUCCUGGACGCUAUCCGCACCAAGUUACAGAGCACAUCAGAUCCACAUUUACAAGCUCGUCUUCUUCUACAAUACAGCUCAGCGGCAGUAUCUCCGGAAGCCAUGACAGCAGCAGCAAUCGACUUUCUCUUCUCGUUUUUGCAGCAAAAUCAAACCCAGUCAGAGACACUAAACGACGGGAAUCAGACGAGCAAGGACGUGGGUAAUCGAGGAGCUAUCGUCGUGGGCGCUAUUGUACGAGGUCUUCGACAGCUAUUGGCUGUAAAGGCUUUAGUUGUGGAACCCAUGAUCCAAGUAGACGCCAUGGGCGAGCAGCUCAUGCAGUGCAUCAGUGUGAGCGAAGACUUUAAGCUCCGUCGAGACAUGAUGCGUAUUGUCUUGGACUGCCUUAUGUUCACAAAAAAAUACACACAGGUAGAAACGCUGCUGCACACGUGUGUACAAGACCACGAUAUGGGCAUGCAGACCAUCUGUCUACGUGGAUAUUUGAGACUGCAUGACGCAGGACAGAAUUUUGCUGUUGCAGAGAUGGCUUCAAAUUCGAAAAACAUUGUAACGAAGCAUUUUGAUCGAUUCACGGCGUUUGUUUUGUUCGCACAGAGUGACGAAGUGAAAGUGCUGGCGGCUCAAGUGCUCGUGGCGCUGGCGAAUCGGUACUCGCAGCAUGCAGUUGCUAGUUGCAAGUAUUUUCCGUCAUCGACAUCUUGUGAUACGGUAACAAAGCCAUUGCUUUUACCAGAAAAAACUUUCUAUAUGUUGUGCAUAGCUGGCUAUGAUACGGAGAAAUCGGUUCGGGCUGAAGUUGCAAGGUGUUUGCGUCGAUUUUCGCGGGCUUUGACAAGCGAAGUUGUUGAACACGCCGUAAUUAAGACGCAAAUUGAUGAAGCGGUGGUUGAUGUGUUACCUGAUGUUGUUGAAAUGAAUACACGCUACAUGAUGUCCAGCGGCGUCUUGCUAUCCCUUUUGGAGGACAUCGACAUGGAUGUCGCUGCAGAAGCCUCGCGCACUAUCGCUAGAUUAAGUGAAAUGACAUUGAUUCCUAACGCUGGUGCUGGGCAAUGGAGCCAACGAGCGUUAGAACGUGCCAUUACAGCGCAUUUUGACAUUCUUCCACAUGCGAGGAUGGCCAGUGCUGCACACCUGUGUCGAGUGCUGGUAAAUACAUUGGGUCGCUUGUUAGUGUGUCGGCACAGGGUCAAUACGACGACAGAAUUUACUAUUUCAAGCGCUGAUAUGAGCUGCUUAGUCCGUUGUGCUUUCUUAAGUGCAGAUAGUAGCGGAUCUGCAGUGAUCGGAAUCUUGUUCGUGUUUCAGUAUUGUGAUCUGUCAAGUGUCUGGGCAGUCCAACGCCUUGUUGACUUUGUUCUAGAGGUUGCAGCGUCACCUUUGUUCGACCACGGCGAUGUCAACGAUGAGGAUACUGACUACUGGAACGAGCAGCUUCUUGUUAUGGUACAAAUACUCGGUCAAAAGUGCGCCAAAGUGCUGCAAGUGGACGUUGCCCUGUCAGAUCGCCUAGAGCGAGAGGCGUCUACUCAGCGCAUCGGCAAGCGUCGUUUCUUAGAACGCGUAUGCCAAGCAUUACUGGGCCAUACGGGACUUGAACAUGCCAAAACUUCAGCGGUCUCUGACAAGCCAAAGCCUCCGUCCGACGGAUCUAGUUUAUUUUUUCUCAAUCAUUCGUCACCGUCGGAGACAUUUUCUCGAAGUUCUGAAAACUCGUAUACUGUGUCAGCUGGAGUGGUUAGCGCUAUGACGACCCUGCGAAAGCCUCCACUGGACGUAACAGUUGCGGUGUAUCUCAAAGCGAUUCAUCGACUUCGGAGAGCGCUUGCCGCAGACGAUCUUGACGUUUCUCUUAGAAUUGCGGAUACCCUUGUGCGUCUGCGCCAACACGUGCAGUUGUUUCCUGAUGCAUCAACUACACUGGUGCCGGUGGUACACAAGUACGUUUCAAUGCAAGCAAUGCUCAAUACGAGUCCUAGCGUAAGCUGUGGACACACCAACAACAGUAGCAGGGGGGGUCAAGACCAGAAUGAAGCUAUAGCCUUCACCCAUCUACGGCUUCCAACGGACCUGCAAAAGGGAUGCCAAGAAAUGGUUGACGUUGCCUCAUGUUUGUACGUCAAAGCUUUUGCUCUGACUUUAUUGCCCCGCAUGGAGUUGCUACAGCUGGUCAUGCUUGGCCGUGUAGGCCUCGUGCUGACAUUAUUACAGAACUCCAUCAACAGUCCUCAAACUACCAAAAUUCUACGAUGGAUUGUCAAAGAAGCAACCCGGCUACGUUUCCUUGUUAGUGACAAGCAGUGCCAAGAUGAUGUUUGGCUACCAGUUCAGUCGCUGGCGAAAGUAUGUUCACUGAAUGAAUUGAAGCGUAUUUUUGUGGCUACCGUUCGUAAGGCGUGGCCUGUAAAUCUAAUCGGGAGCGUGAUGUCCCGCUGUACAUCUUCCACGGGCAGUGCGAGUGGUAGGCGCUACCAACAUAUGGCUAUAGCAUUUGCCUCAAUCCAAGAACCCGCGAGUACCAAGCCAGACCCGCGAGAAGUAACAGCAAACUGGCCAUUUGAGCAGCGCGUACGCUUCUUGUUGACAAAUGUGCGGGAUGUCACUCAGGUAUACAUCAAGAGCGUGCUCCCUAACGGCAAUGUGGCGCAUCAUCAUGUGCCCGCAAGUUGCAUCCGUCAUCGAGGACCACGAAAACACUCAGUCGAGCACACGAUCAGACUGACAGUAUCGCCGUUUUCAGAUCCAACAGAAUUCCUUGUGGCGGUUUGCCUAGGUCACCCAACAUUGCCCGGCAGCGUCAAGCAAAAUGCCCAUAAGCCGGACGAAGCAAAUCCCCAAAUGUUCAUUGAGAUAUCUGCGUGUGUGGGCGUGUCCAUCUUCCAGCGCACAAGUUAUACAUCAAAGCAGGCGAGGUCGUCGACUGCACCAUGA